CCGCGAAGCAGCUGCAGCCGCCGCCGCGCAGACCCACGCUGGCUCCGUGCGCCAUGGUCACCCACAGCAAGUUUCCCGCCGCCGGGAUGAGCCGCCCCCUGGACACCAGCCUGCGCCUCAAGACCUUCAGCUCCAAGAGCGAGUACCAGCUGGUGGUGAACGCAGUGCGCAAGCUGCAGGAGAGCGGUUUCUACUGGAGCGCCGUGACCGGCGGCGAGGCAAACCUGCUGCUCAGCGCCGAGCCGGCCGGCACCUUCCUCAUCCGCGACAGCUCGGACCAGCGCCACUUUUUCACGCUGAGCGUCAAGACCCAGUCCGGGACAAAGAACCUGCGCAUCCAGUGCGAGGGGGGCAGCUUCUCCCUGCAGAGCGACCCGCGGAGCACGCAGCCCGUGCCCCGCUUCGACUGCGUGCUCAAGCUGGUGCACCACUACAUGCCGCCCCCCGGCGCCCCCUCCUUCUCGCCGCCCACCGAACCCCCCUCACCCUCCGAGGCGCCCGAGCAGCAGCCGCCCGCCCAGCCGCCCCCGGGGAGCCCCCCUAGGAGAGCCUAUUACAUCUACUCGGGGGGCGAGAAGAUCCCCCUGGUGUUGAGCCGGCCCCUCUCCUCCAACGUGGCCACCCUUCAGCAUCUCUGUCGGAAGACCGUCAAUGAGCGCCUGGACUCUUACGAGAAAGUCACCCAGCUGCCGGGUCCCAUCCGGGAGUUCCUGGACCAGUACGAUGCGCCGCUUUAAAAAGCAGAGGGCGGAGGUGUGGGGAGCGGGGCUCGGGUCCCCCUACUUCCGUGGCACAUGGCACAAGCACAAAAAUCCAGCCGAGAGUCCAGGAGCUCUGGGCGAGCUUGGGGGAGGGGGGCGGAUAGGCCCCUGCCUGGGCUCCCCCUGCCAGAGAGGCAGGCGGGACCGGGAAUGUGUCUUAAGGGAAGGGGCGAUGCCACCUGGGCUCCCCUCCCCCACCGUAGCUUCUCCUGGGCGCCGGCCGGCCUGGCGGGACAAUAGCAGCGACAAGUGGAUUCUCCUCUUCCCUUCCUCCGCUCCCUCUCGGGUCCCCAGCUGGGAAGUGUCCAACUAAGAGAACUGCCGGAAUCUUCAAACUUUCCAACGGAACUUGUGCUUUUGAUUUGGUUUAAACCUGAGCAGGGCUAGGGGCUGGGAUAGAGGAUGGAAAAAGAGGGUGCUUGAGGGGCCCCAGGCGCCCAGCCCAGGUGAAGAGGGUCUGGGUGUGGGAGAAGGGCAGGGGGCGACCUGAAGGGAAGCGUCCGGUGCCCCAGCCCCUCCCCCGCCUGAAGGAGGAAGUUGCAUUUGGAGGGGGCGGAUGGGCUGGUCAGUGAGCCUCCUGGUCUGGUCCUGCCCCCCCAGCUGUAUUUCCCAGCACCUGGCCUCACAGGUGGAGGAGAUGAGCCUUCUUUGAUCCCAGAAGAUGGAUUCGACUUUGUGCCUACUGACGAUGUCCGGCUGGAGAUUUGCCUUAAAUGCUCCCUGUCCCAUGGAUAGGGACUGGCACACGAGGAGCCCCAGUCUGCCCCUCCAGGCAGAGAGGCCUAGGGAUUCUCUGGAGGGCCCCGAGCCAGCCACUGGCCAGAGGACAGGGGUGGAUGGGAGGCAGAGACCCGGCUCGGGGAGAAUGUUAGUCUGUUGGUAUUGGCCAAUACCAGGUGCCUCGCGGUCAGAGCAGAGCCACCAGGUCCCACAGCCCCCAGGCCCUGCACAGCCCUCCCCCUGCCCUGGGGGUGGGGGGCAGGAAGUCACCAGGCGCCUGCCGCUCCAGCUGCUCUGUCUCUGCCACUGAUCAGUGACAAUGUAUAGGAAUGUAGCAGCAGUGGGAUUACCUGGAACUGUUCUUUUUGGGGGGGAAAACUAAACACACAUGCGUAGUUUUCUGUGUCAGGUAUCAGGCAAGGUGGGGCAGCUGUGUGUUGGGGUGGUUUUUCUUUUCCUGUUUUUUGUUUGUUUUUUAAUAAUGUUUACAAUCUGCCUCAAUCACUCUGUCUUUUAUAAAGAUUCCACCUCCAGUCCUUGCCCCUUGCCCCCAGGCCUUCGCGGCUGUUAGGAAAUGCUUGAAGAACUCAACCAAAUCCCAAUCCAAGUCAAACUUUGCACAUAUUUAUAUUUAUACUCAGAAAAGAAACAUUUCAGUAAUUUAUAAUAA